GUCCUGAGACAUUGUUGUUAUCGCUUAUCAAAAAAAAAAGGUUUGACUUUGGAGGUUAUCAAAGUCUAAAUGAUCUCUCAAACAAUACAUAAUUUUUCUUUCUAGUUGUUUGUGUGACAAUAAUUGAAGAAUUAGUUAGCAAAAAGAAAAUUGAAUUUUUUUACAUUGUACUACUAUUCUCUAAACCAAUCUUAUCUUAUCCUCUCCUCCUUCGUUUAUGCUUAUAAGAGCAUCUCCAAUUUACACUUCUAUAUUUUCUUCUAAAAUAAAAAUCUCUAUUAUAGAGGUGAAAAUGCUCCGAUGCAUGGCUCUAUAACAGAGUUCUUCUAUUUUAAAGAAAAAUAUAGAAAAAAUUUACUUUUAGAAAUAUCAUAUCUCUAUAUUUUCCCCUAUAAAUAGAGGAAUUCUAUUAUAAAAGCAUACAUUGGAGCAUUUUCAAUUCUAUAACAGAGCUUCUCUAUUUUAGGGGAAAAUAUAGAGAUAGAAAUAGGGGUGGGUUGGAGAUGGUCUAAGGUAUAUAUAUAUGUACCAUCAAGUUUCACUUUUUACCCAAGGCCACCAUAAGUCACCUUGGUUGGUGCUUAGUCCUUUUCAAGCACAGUUAAUAUCCAAUUAUUGGUCUGUACUUUGUAACUCCGUUAACUGCAAUUUGUAUUUCACUGUAGUAGUUUUUACUGUUCUUCUUUAUUUGCUUUGUACUGACAGAGAUUCUUUUGUAACUACUGCAGGAAGGUUCUUGCUCAUACUUGAAUAUGGACAGGGCAGACACAUGGGGGUUUGUCAGUGGUGGGAGAUGUUUAUAUCUCAAAUUGCUUUUAUGAUUGAUUGUAGCUUACAAGGUCUUCUUAAGUAUUAUUCUUCUAGGCAUAUUCCUGUUUGUUUCCUUCCGUCUUCUUCAUAUGGAUUUGAACGAGAGUGGCCUUCACUUUUCUCGUACCAACGGUAUUACAAAGCUUGAUCACAAUUACGGUGACACUGCUCUCAGCUUGAAAUGCCUUGGAAGCACUCACUACAACCACAAGCUUUGCUCUGAUGUUUCUAACUGUCCUGAUGGUGGUUGCGGCUUGGUUCUCGGUUUAGGUCCAACACCGCCCUCUUACUAUUACAAUGUCAACAAAGUCUCAGCUUCUUCUGGGACUUUUCAAGAACUCUCAUCAGGAGGCAACUCAAUUCUGCAACUCGGUCCUCCCGCUGUCACCACCAUGGAUGCUUUCAGCAGCCUUGAUUGCUCGUUGCUGACAUAUACAGAGACUAAUGUGUCCCAAGCUGAUGAGGGUUCCACCUCUGCAAAGCGAUCUGGUGGCUAUAUGUCAUCGCUUUUCUUCGCUGCAAGGACCGAAACCGUUAGAAAACCUUCAAGAAUGCAAGAGUGGAGUAAUAAUUCACAGCUGAGCCAUCAUGAGUCAGAGUUCUCUGAAAGAACGGUAUCCGCCACAUCUUCUCAGCACAGGACGACCAACCCCAAAAAGUGCAAGUUCAUGGGAUGCACCAAAGGAGCCAGAGGAGCAUCAGGGCUCUGCAUUGGCCACGGAGGUGGUCAGAGAUGUCAAAAACCAGGCUGCAACAAAGGCGCCGAGAGCAAAACCACUUUCUGCAAAGCCCACGGUGGAGGAAAGAGAUGCCAGCACUUGGGAUGUACCAAAAGCGCUGAAGGAAAAACUGAUUAUUGUAUAUCUCAUGGAGGUGGAAGACGCUGUGGGUUCCCUGAGGGAUGCGGUAAAGCUGCGCGCGGCAAAUCAGGGCUAUGCAUCAAACACGGCGGUGGCAAGAGGUGUAGGAUCGAAGGAUGCACAAGAAGCGCUGAGGGUCAAGCCGGGCUUUGUAUCUCGCACGGUGGUGGGAGGCGUUGUCAGUCUCCAGGGUGUACAAAAGGUGCUCAAGGGAGUACAAACUACUGCAAAGCUCACGGUGGUGGGAAACGCUGCAUAUUCGCUGGAUGUACUAAAGGAGCAGAAGGUAGUACUCCGCUCUGUAAAGCUCACGGUGGAGGGAAGCGUUGUAUGUUUGAUGGAGGUGGGAUUUGUCCUAAGAGUGUCCACGGUGGGACGAGCUUCUGUGUAGCGCAUGGUGGUGGGAAGAGAUGUGUGGUUGCAGGGUGUACUAAGAGCGCUCGUGGGAGGACUGAUUGUUGUGUGAAGCAUGGUGGUGGGAAACGGUGUAAGUCUAUUGGGUGUGAGAAGAGUGCGCAAGGGAGUACUGACUUCUGCAAGGCGCAUGGUGGAGGUAAACGGUGCUCUUGGGGAGGAGAUUGGAAGUGCGAGAAGUUUGCUAGAGGGAAGAGCGGUUUAUGCGCUGCGCAUAACAGUAUAGCUCAGGAGAAAGGUGGAAGCAAGAUUGGUUUGAUUGGGCCUGGACUUUUCCGUGGACUUGUCUCUACCUCUUCUCAAACUACUGCUACUACUACUACUACUACAACUGAUCAUUCUCAGUCUGGAGUCAGUGCUGUUUCUGAUUGCACAGACUCCAUUGAUGGCUCGCUACAUCAUCAGCCUGAGAAGAGGCAGAAGGUGAUGAUACCAAUGCAGGUGCUUGUGCCUCCUUCGAUGAAAUCUUUAAGCUUUACGGACGCUGAGAGACCAGAAACGGAAACAAACAACAACAGUGGGAGCAGCAAUGGGAGGAACGUCUUUGACUUUAUGAUUCCGGAGGAGAGAGUUCAUGGCGGUGGGCUAAUGUCUCUGCUUAAUGGCAGCAUGAACAAGACACUCCAUUGAUGGAACCUGAAAGCUUUCUCUGGCUCAUCUGCAAAAAAGCUUAAGAAUCUGUGUAAAGCUUAUGUAAUAUGUAUAGUUUACCUUUGUCUCUUUGAACCUUUGUAUAUUCAUGGGUCUGUGUUUUUGUAUGGUCUUGACUCUACCAUCUAGUCGAUGGCUCGAACCCGAGUCUUAUGUUUAUUUGAUUAUUAAUUUGGAAUGUUUGCAAUGUAGUA